CUUCUUGUCUUUCUCCUGCCGCGUGCAUGUCAUGGUUGCACUGAGCAGGUAGUGGAUAUUGUGGGCGUGCGUGCGUGCGUUUGUGUGCGCGCAGUCCUGUAGCUGGGUAGGAAGGCGUCAAAUGCGGGAUUUUGGGCUUUGUAUAGCUUUACAGACUGAGACGAGCGAACCUGCACUUUGCGCCUCCUCCUCCUGAGCGAAUUUGAUGAACGUUUAACGAGCGGAUGGGAUGCCAGUUUAUAGCAUCGUCGCAAAAUUCCCCGACACGUCCGGUGAUUCCUUACAAUUGUCAACAGAACGUGAAGUACUGACCAUGACUGAAAACAAUAUGCCCAAGACUGCCAAAAAAACCCGCUGGACCUCUCUUGAGGUCGGGCUCAUCGCCGUUGUCGCCUUGCUCUUCAUCAUCGUCGUGGCUCUCAUCAUUGUCUUUGCCACUCAACAGACUGAUGUAAUCUGUACUACAGCUGGCUGCACUCGAUCGGCGGCUCGCCUGAUUGAGAACAUGGAUGCCAGCAUAGAUCCUUGUGACAACUUCUACCAAUACGCCUGUGGGGGAUGGAUAAAGAAGAACAUAAUCCCUGAAACCAGCUCAAGAUACAGCACCUUUGUUGUCCUGCGAGAUGAAUUGACCGUCGUCCUCAAAGGUGUUCUUGAAAAAAAUUUGGACGAAGAAGGAGAAGCUCUCAGCAAGGCCAAAACCCUAUAUAAGUCCUGCUGCAAUGAGAGUGUAACUGAGCUAAAAGGGGGGGCUCCUUUGCUCAUGGCAUUGCCUGAUGUUCUUGAGUGGCCUAUUGCUGUGGACAAUUGGGAUGACAACUAUGGUAAAACAUGGCGGGCAGAGGAUGUCAUAGCCAAAUUGACUGUGAAAUACCAGAAUCCGCUCCUGGUCUCCAUGUACGUUGAUGUCGAUGAGCGGGACUCCAAAUCACACAUUAUUCAUUUUGAGCAGCAGCAAACCUUGGAUCUCUGGUCCAAAAGUAACUAUGCUUGCAAUGGAUCUUAUGAAGAGGCGUGCCGGCUAUACAAGCAGUUUGCAAUUGACCUUGUGAAGUUGAUCCGCACAGACCGAGGUCUGUCCUUCAAUGAGACGCAAGUCGAAGAGGAAAUGACACGGAUAAUGGAGCUAGAGAGGGGCAUUGCCGAGGCUAACGAUCCCCCAAGCGUCUCUAGUGAUAGAGAGUUGCGUUACAACAAGAUGGAACUUGGCGAUCUCAACACCAAUUUCACCUUCGAAGUUGAAUCAAUGCCGUUUAACUGGACUUACUUCACCGCCCAGAUAAUGAAUACAGUCAACAUAACUGUCACAGACACAGAGGAAGUCAUAAACUUGAACCCCAACUAUUUUAAAAAGCUUAACCAACUAUUGGCCAGAUUCACUAAGAGGGAUGUGCAGAACUACUUGAUGUGGGGUUUCGCCUCACAUGUGGUGGUGCACCUGAGCAGAGCAUACAGAGACACAGCCAAAGCAUUUAAAAAGGUGAUGAACGGCGCAACGGCAGACGAACCUCAGUGGCGUCAAUGUGUAGGGUUUGUCAGUAACGCCAUGUACAAUGCCGUUGGGCGAUUAUAUGUGCAGGAGGCGUUUUCCGACAACAGCAAAAAGAUGAUGGAAGAGAUGAUUAAAGAGAUGCGAGAUGUCUUUAUCAGUAACCUUAAGGAACUGACCUGGAUGGAUGCAGCCACCAAAAAGGCAGCGGAGGAAAAGGUUCGAGCUAUUCGGGAACAAAUCGGCUACUCUGACGACAUCAUGGAUGACCAAUACCUCAACAACGAGUACAAAGACCUGAACUAUAGCGCAGAGGACUAUUUUGAAAACAUCGUACACACAGCAGCCUACAAUACCAAGAGAAUGUUGCAGAAACUCAGAGUGGAAGUCAACAAAGAUGAGUGGGUGUCAGGGGCAGCAAUCAUUAACGCCUUCUACUCAUCAAAAAACAUCAUAAUAUUCCCCGCUGGUAUCCUGCAGCCGCCGUUCUUCAGUAAAGGACAGCCAGCAUCUCUUAACUACGGAGGAAUCGGUAUGGUCAUUGGCCACGAAGUUAUGCAUGGAUUUGACAACAUCGGUCGUAAAUACGAUAAAAACGGCGACCUGAAGGACUGGUGGACGGAGGACUCCGCUCAAAGGUUCUUGGAAUUGUCAGCGUGCAUCGUCGAUCAGUAUGCCAACUUCUCUUGGGACCUGGCCAACGGACUUCAUCUAAAAGGUAAUAACACCCUCGGGGAGAAUAUUGCUGACAAUGGAGGAAUACGGCACGCCUAUCAGGCCUACAAGAACUAUGUAAAGAAACAUGGUGAGGAGGCACAGCUGCCAGGACUUGACCUUAACCACGAUCAACUUUUCUUUCUCAACUUUGCUCAGAUUUGGUGUGGAUCUUAUCGAUCGGAAGAUGCUUUGAGUUCCAUCCAGUCGGAUCGGCACAGUCCAGGAGAGUUCAGGGUGCUGGGCUCCCUGCAGAACUUUCCCGAGUUUGCCAAAGUCUACAGCUGCAACAGCAGCAGCUACAUGGUCUCAGAUAAGGUGUGCCGCAUAUGGUGAUACGCAAAGCUCUCCGGGCUUAUGUGGACUGCCUCAUCGGCCCUAUGGCCUCAUACAGGAAGUGAAAGCUCCCAACGUAAAUGGAGCUGUGCUGCAGUGUGUGCACUUCCUCAGAGAAUAACAGCGCUGACUCUUAAUAUUCGGAACAUCGUCACCUGUCCAUUUCAUCAAGUGAACAUCACUGACAUUUUUGAAGACAGCCAGAAAUCUAUCUUUGCCUUCUUGUUUUUUUGUUUUAUACUUUUGUUCUGUGCGGCACAGGGGGUUAAUGUACUCCAACCCACUGGCCUAAAAAUACACCAAAUGCCCACUCACACUCAUAGAAGAGGGCUAAACCACUGAGCUAUUAUGUAGGGCCAUAUUCAGCCUUCAUCUCAUGUACUCCCAGUGUUACUUUCAAACUUCGUUUUGAUCAAUUAUUACAGAAAAUAUUUAGAAAAUAUUUUUGGCCAAUUAGCGCAGCGAAUACGUAACCUGUGUUUUACAGUAAGCACAAUGCUAUUGUACUGAAUUGUUUAAUGUGUGUGAGCAGUGUGUAGGUGUCAGAUGUUUAAUACCAGUACAGUACUGUACAAAUCUAUCCGUCGACAGACACUCCUGGCUUUUAAAAUCCUCUCACAAAUCCCUGAGAUACCAAUUGACACUUUUGUUCAAAAGCUCAGACAGACUCAUUUGACGCACAUCUCAAUGCCUUACAUGACCAGUGGCACUGCUGUUCGAAGGAGAUUUAGGGUUAAAGUAGGUUCUGUGGAUUAGUGUUUAAGGUCUGGUCUGAGUCAAAAGUCAACAGGCUUUAUUGUCGAUUACAAAAUUGUGCACCAAAUAUAGAAAAAAAUGCAUUUUCAUAGUUUAGCGGGUCAGGCUUAUACUUUAUAUUUUAAGCUUGAGUCUUUUAAUCAAUAGAAACUCUGGUUGUUUUUCUUUUCUUGAAGCAGGUGACAUGAGUUCUUCAGUGUGAAAUGACCUGAAAGUUUGCAGAACAGUCCAGUUGGGAUCAUGCCCUGAGAAUGCAAUGACAUGGGUAAGUGAGAAUAGUUUUGAGGUCAGGUUAAAUAAGUAGUGGUUUGGAUUUAGAGGUUACAAUUGCAAUUUGAUUAGAACAUAUUUUGGUAUUGUGGCCAGCACAUGUCAGGCAAUUUGCAUAUUCCAAACACUUAAACACUUGCAAAAAAAAAAGCACAAAAAAAAAACACACUAACGCUAAGAGGCGCAACACAAAAACACCAUAACAUGAACGCAAAAGGAUGACAAUAAAGAAGUAGACUUAGCUUUUCAGAAGUAUUUAUUCGGUAGAAAUCAUUCUAUGGUGUUAGCCGCUAAGUCAGAAGUAAAUGUAUGUGGGUCUGAAUUUUGGCUUAUAAUGGGAGUGCUUCUAGACACGUUGAACUGGCUUAACGUUAGUCUUACAACAAUAUACUGGCUAAGUAGUUCUGAAAAGCCGAAGACAGAUGAUCACAAAGUGAUACUGACCAAAGUUUAAUUUCAGUUGCAAGUGGGAAACUCAUGUCGUCAUUUGGCAUUUUAGUGUUGAUGUUGCGGCUAUUAGCACUAUUGUUUUUUUUCCUUUUGAAAAGUGUUUACAAGAUGCAAAUUGCCUGAUACUUCACUCUGUCAGUCUAUAGUUUGGGGUUUCCUAGUUUGGUUUAUUGGCUGAAAAUAAUUGCUUGAUUUGUUAUAUAUAGUAAGUGAAUUAGGGAUAGGGUUAGUCAAUUAGGGAAAGGGUUAGUGGUUUGGUUUAUUAAGAUUUUUCAUUUAACAGUUUUGUUUUUGAUAUUAAAUCCAACCAAGAGAGUGGAUUUGUGUGUCCAGAACCAAGCCCAGAAGCUAGCUACGAUGAUAUCUCACAUUUCAAAGGGUUCCUACCUUUUUCCUCUUAAGGGCAUGGUACAUAAUUGGAAACUACAGGCAAAGAGGUAGACUUAAAUGACAUUGCAGCACACAACCUUUUUUUUCAAGUUAAAAAGAAACUAAUAACGUGAAUGAUCUUUCAUGAUCUUUUGGGGGGUGUUGCCAUGGGAGUCGCUUUUUCUAAAAGAGAUAUUUUUCUUUCACUUUCCACAACGUUUAGGUAUACCCGCAGAAUGUAAAUGGAUUUAAUACAAGCGACAGUCAAAACAGAGCAUUAUAGUCUUUCUAAAGGUAAACUAUUUGGUAUAGCUCAUGUAUAGUGUCAUGGAAAUUACAUUACAAAGACACUAUAGUUUAGGUUAAAGGCUAGGACACAAGAGUAAAAUAUUAUUUUCUACAUUUAUACAUAGGAAGGGAGGCGGGAUCUUAUUCUCAAAUCCAAGAGAUUUACUAUUUGAAUCUGUAUGUUUCUUUUGGUGUCUAAAAAGUCAGCUAAGGUUCAUGUAAUUAUAUGUUGAAGGUCUUUAAGGACUUUUUCUAUAUACAUGUAACGGCAGGCUGCACUCAGAAUCCGUUUGCCUUUUGUGAAGAAAUCUUUUGCGACAUUUCAAUGUUUUUCAAUUAUCCAUUCACGCCAAUCAUUCACUCAGGCUUUCUUUUUCGCAGCCUCCUCUCACCUGUAGAAACACUGAUAUACCUCAGUUGCCUGUACUUCGGUAUUUUAUAGUAUUAUAAUUAUAAUAAUCAUCUUGAAAAAGUGUUUUAUUCCCCUUUCAAAAUAAAAUAUUUCAAUGACUGUGGGCAAGUGCAGUUACUACUGUGUACGUAGUAUGUGUGGGUGUGUGGACAUCUUAACUUAGCCUUGUUUCACAGGAAAAGCAUUCUGAAGGCAUGAAAAUGAUGAAUAUUAUUCUACUCUUGAGUUCAUCCAACAGGUGUUUUCAUUUUGCCAAUGAAAAUCCUAAAACCCAUCCAUCCAUCAAUGUGGAAUGUAGUUGACUCGUAACUUGUACUUCUUGCUUCCCCUAAGCCUCCAAAUGACUAUCAUUAGUCAACAAUGAGGAUGUUUGCUCCACGCUGUAUUUUGGAAAGCAUGACGUGUAGACGGAACUGUACACAUGUAGUUUAAAUGUACAUAGAGUACUCAACAAAGUCAAAACCAAAUUGAUCUGUUGCAAUUACUAAUAAUGACCUUUUUUCAUGUGUGUGUGUCAAGACACUGACACUAAUGUGAGAUUCAUAAUACCCACACAAUCCUGAUGUAAUUGCACAUGGGCAUACAGGAGCUAUACCAUUACCGCACCUCAGCAUAUCCCUGUAAAACAACUCACUCGUGUAUGUGACCCCAGCUGUGUGUGUGUGCAUGAGUGUAAGUUCAUGUGUGGGGUACUAAGUGGUCUAAUGUGCAAACGGCACUCAAUUCUAUGCAUUUAUCAUGCACACACAAAAUGAUGCUAUUAAUACA